AUGCCGACCCCCACCUCCGCCUCGCCUCAGCCCGACGCCCUUUCCACCUCCGCCGAAGCCUCGACCGUCGUUCGGCUACGGACUCUGCUCAUAUCUCACGGCGUCCUCGUCGGGUACCGCAGUAGCUUCUCGGUCUUUGAUUAUCUCUUCUCGUUGUUAUUCGGGCGAAUCUGUUCCGGCGACUCGAGCGUGGUGACGUGCUUCUUCGACCUUGUGGACUUCUUCGCAGUGUCAUCUGCUGCGUUCUUUGGGUGGAUGACAGCGACGCUAAUUGACUUCUACAUUAACGCUGUUGCUCUUUUGAUAGUGAGGGAGAAUAUGCAAAUAGCGAAUGCUCAAAUUUCAUCAUAUAAUUCAAGUAUGGCCGUGGCUGAUGAUGCUGGUGAUGAUGGUGAUAAUGAGGCUUCUUUGUGCGAUAUUUCGAUAUUAGACCCCCAUCGAAGGAAAGGAAAGGGAAUCAGUUAUGGAAGACUAAAAAGUUCAACUGAGAAAAAGAAGAAAAAAAUCUAUCAAAGGAAUGUCCCCAAUGCAAAUAGACAAUCGAGCCAUGGCUCUUCAGCUCUCUCUCUCUCAGCUUCCUCCUCCCUCCGUUCCCAGAACUCGGUGCCUUGCCUCUCGAGCUCCGGCUCGAGCUCGAGCUCGAGUGCGAUAUCCAGCUCGAGAUGGUGCUGGUUGGGGUGCAAGAACGUGAGCUCCUUGCGAGCUGGUGGCAACGUCGGUCGUGGCGGGAAUGGAGUGGUGGUGAAGUGCAGCGUGGACACGACGGGGGUUUACACGGUGGGGAAGGUGACGGAGGUGGAUAAGGAUACCUUCUGGCCCAUCGUCAAUUCUGCCUUCGACAAGACCGUCGUUCUUGACAUGUACACCCAAUGGUGUGGUCCUUGCAAAAUCAUUGCUCCAAAGUUUCAAGAGCUAGCUGAGAAGUAUCUUGAUGUUGUUUUUCUGAAGCUUGACUGCAAGCUAGAAAACAAGCCAUUGGCAAAGGAGCUUGGCAUAAGGGUGGUUCCCACAUUCAAGAUACUAAAGGGAGGCAAGAUCGUGAAGGAAGUGACAGGUGCCAAAUUCGAUGAUCUUCUUCUCGCCAUAGACACAGUCAGAUCCAGCUGAAGAAGGCCCUCUUUUUGCGACUGUUGAUAUAGUACCAUCGCAACUUGUCGACCUCAAAUCCAAUGCUCUUCAAUUAAUCUUAUCGAAAGUGAAUCUAUUGAAUUCAAUGUCUGGUAUAAGGACGAGUGUGCUAGUUAUUGCACUCUUCUCAUGGAUGAUGAUUUUGUGAAAAAUGGCCUUCCUGGUUCCCAAUUCCCACACCCGGAGAGUCACUUGCUAUUAUUUCAACCAUGCAUG